AUGAGGAAGGAGCCUCUCUCAAGCCAAUUAAAAGGAGAUGGGUUUACACGCUUAGUGCACCAAACGCUGGACAAAUGGCACGUGCCUGGGAUGGCUAUCGCAGUGAUAGAUGGCGAUGAUACCUGGUCAGAGGGCUAUGGAUAUGCGAACAUAGUCUCAUCCACACCUGUCACCCCUUCGACUCUUUUUUACGCGGGAAGUACGACCAAGGCUUUUACUGCGGCUAUGAUAGCCAAACUUACGGAGGAUCCCACCAGAGAUAUUGAAUGGGGCACACCAAUUACCCAAUUACUCCCAGACGGCUUUUCGCUCAUAGACAAAUCCGUUGCAGACCAGAUUACUGUUGAAGAUGCACUGUCGCAUCGUACAGGUCUCCCAGGCCAUGACCACGCUAGCGCUCACACCAAUGUCCGCGAGAAUGUUCGUCGGCUCGCUCACCUUCCGAUGACAGCCAAGCCCCGAACUCGAUAUCAAUAUAACAAUCUUAUGUACGUUGCGGUCUCUCAUAUUAUCGAGAUUGCAACAGGCCAAUGGCUGGGUGAUUCUCUGGCCCGCUCCUUCUGGCUGCCUCUCGGAAUGAAAAACACAUAUUUCUCCCUGGACAAUGCUUUGAGAGGUCCUGCAACAUUGGCCCAGGGCUAUUAUUACCUCGGUUGGAGGAGCGAGUCUCAAGAUGAGAAGGCUUAUCGCGAAGUAGACUGGAUGCCCUUGGAAGAGGUCUCUGGUGCCGGGUCAGUUAUUACGAACGUACUGGACUACACUAAGUGGGUGCGUGCUUUUCUCCGCCCGCAAACCUUUGUCGAGGAGAAAAUUUUCAAGAGCGAAGAGACUGUACGCCAGCUGUGGGAACCACGAACUUUGAUGCCUUCAGAUGAACCCUUCAUUGGUCCCCGAGCAUACUGUCUAGGCUGGAGAACUGGGGUCUACCAGGGCGUUCAAUUCUUCGAGCACACCGGGGGUAUGAAUGCAUUCGGUGCGCAGCUGCUUCUGGUUCCUAAACUCCAAUUUUCCGUCAUAAUCCUCGCGAAUACAUCACAGACAUCGAAUUUCGCGGCUCAAUUACUCGCGUUUCAUCUUCUAGACGAGCGUCUUGGUGUCCCCAAAUCUCAAAGAUUUGACUGGAAUCAAAGGAACUGGUCAGUGAUUGAAAAAGAACAGAAGAGAGUGGCAGACAAAAUAAAUUAUAGGCCCCCUAUCUAUAUCCAGCCCACACUCGCAUUGGGCCAGUAUGUAGGCACGUAUACUAACGCGGGCUAUAAAGACCUCACCGUGUACUUGGACAACGGGGGUGUUUUACGUGCCGAUCGGAAAGAUAUGACUUGGCCCGAGGCAAUCGAAUUCCGCCAUGUGACUGGUGAGCAUUUCUUGAUGGUUUCGGAGCACCAUGAAGAUUAUGGAGCUUUUUGCCCUGAUGUCUACGAGGCGGAGUUUCGAAUCAACGUUGAAGGGAAAGUCUGGACUUUGGGUGUUGCUUGGGAGAGAGCAAUGGAAGGUAAAAAGAUCUGGCUUCAAAGGACCUAG